GUUGAAGAAACUGUUCGGAUCAAAGAUCGUGAAUUUUCACAACUCACUUCUAAGAAGAACACAAUUUUGGUAAACCAUGGGAAGUUACAGCAAGAAGCAGAGGUAACAAAUACACUGUAUUUAUUGCUUGCAUGGUUUAACCAGUUUGUGUUUUACAGUGCAUGCAAGUACUCAGUUUAAAAAAAAGAAAAGCCUUUUAACUCGACGAUCAAAUUAACACCAUUUUUACAUGAAAUCGCUCAUUCAUUCUAUAGAGACACAAGUUAAACAUAGAACAGAGGAACUCGAUGAUUAUCGAGCAGUCAAAAACGUUUCAGUUCAAAGGUACGCUAAAUACGGAUUAAAGAAGAGCCACGAUUGUCUUUGGCAAAGCUUGCGAUCUGUAAGCGCAGAUCAGUGAACCAGUAAUUGGCAUUAUACAUGCUUCAGUAUAUAUUUCUUCUCUUCAUAUAGGGUUUGAUGCACCGCCAUUUUCGUCCGGGAAAGUCACGCAAUUUAUGGAAACCACAAAAGAGAUGUAUCAGAAAAUGAUAAAAGAUGGCAAAGAUUCAAAGGUUUGAAAAGCGAGAACGAAUUAGACUUUUAGCUAAAUUUUAUACUGGAUAGCUCUAUCAGUUCUAUACUGUUUUGCCUAGAGGUCCAGUAAGGAUCAUCUCUUAUCGAUGCAGUGUUACUACAGGAGGAAACAAAAACUAAACUAACUUUAUUUAUUUAUAUUGCAUGGAUAGUUCUAUCGGUUCUAAACUGUUCUCCCUAGAGGUCCAGUAAGUGUCAUCUCUUAUUGCUCCAGUGUUAUUACAGGAGGAAACCUAAACUAACUUUAUUCAUACUGGGUAACUCUAUCAGUUCUAAACUGUUCAUCUGAUGUUUUCACUCUUCUUAUUGUUAUAUUUAUGACCGUUACAUUUAGCAAGUAUUUCAAGAACGCAUCGACUCAGUUCAGAGCAAAAUAGACGACAUUAAAAAGACGCUUUAUCAAUAUGAAGAAACGAUCAGAAUUAAAACUAAUUUAUUGGUAAGAAAAUCCCCCAGACAUAUAUAUAAUCAAGACUAUAGCAACCUUUAUUGGAUGGCUAUACAUAUCAGUUGUAAACUGUUCUCCCUAGAGCUCCAAUAGGGCCAUCUUCAUAGGAGGAAACUGAAGUCCCUGGCGCAAAUUUGUGGUGUUUGGUAGGGUCAAACUGGAACCUCUCUUCUCACAUGCGUGCGAGGUUAAAUUAUAAUCAGAAAACUAGAUACAGGUAUUGCAGGAAUCAAGCAAUAUGGUGACUCGUAUCACAGACAGAUUAUGUUUUAUUAUGAUGAAGAUCCGGGCUUACGGAUCGAAAGCUUUGCAGUAAUAAAUUCACGUGGUGUUUCCACAAACAAAACUAUUAUAGAUUAUGUUUUGUUACAGGGUGAAAACCAGAGGAAAUUAAGACAAGUCGGGCAAGAUUUGAGCAACGUUGAUGCGUCAGCAAAGAAGCUACAGAGAACUGAAAAGGAAUUAAACGCUGCGGUAUGUUUGGAAACUCAAGCCAUUAUGAAACAAAUCUGCAGAAGACUUGUAAUAUAGCAAUGCUGUUUCAACAACUUGUCAACAGGAUGUGUUCGCACCGCUUGUUGACAAGUUGUCAACGGCUUGUUGAGAACUUGCUACAAGGUUGUUGCGCUCAACAGACUUGUUACAAGUUGUUCCAUGUUAUCGUCCUGCAAUUCAACAAUUUGUCAACAAGUUGUGAGUGACAAACUUGUAGCAACUUGAUAAAAUAACAGCAUUGUUACAACUUGUUGACAAACUUGCUACAAGCCUGUUGUGAGAUUUUUACGUGUGUAGCCGAGACAUGAACAGAACGUUAGUUAGUAGUUAGUAUAGAAUUGUGGCGCGCGGUCUUUGCUCUCUAUACACACGUAAAAACACACAAGUUGUUACAAAUCUGUUUACAAACUAUCGACAAGUUGUUGUAACAAGUUUGGAACAAGCUGUUAACAAUUUGUAACAAGCUUGAUGGCAUUAUCAGACUUGUUACAAGAUUGUCGCAACAAAUCUGAUACAGUCAUGAUUAAAAAGAAUGUUACAAGACUGUAUCGGACUUGUUGGAACAGCCUUGUAACAAGCCUGAUAAUAUCAACAAGGUUGUUACAAAUUGUUAACAGCUUGUUUGGCAACUUGUGCCAAGCAGUGCGAAGACAACUUGUUGACGGCUUGUUGACAAACUUGUUACAAGAUGUGAGAUUUUUACGUGUGUACUGCGAUAUACACACGUAAAAACGCACAAGUUUGUUACAAGUCUGUUCACAAGCUGUUAACAAGAUGUAUUCGCGCUGCUUGUCACAAGUUGUCAACAGGUUCGGAACAACUUGUUGACAACUUGUAACAACCUUGUCGAAAUUAUCAGACUUGUUGCAAGGUUGUUCUGACAAGUCUGUGACAUGCUUGAUAUAACAAGAUUGUUACAACCUUGUCUUGACAACCUUGUAACAUCCUUGUUAUAUCAUGGCUGUAACAAACUUGUUAGCACAAUCUUCUAACAAGGCUGAUAAUGCCAUCAAGCUUGUUACAAGUUGUUAACAGCUUGUUUCAAACUUGUUACAACAAACUGGGAACAAGCAGUGCGAACACAACUUGUCGACAGCUUGUGAACAGACUUGUAACAACUUGUUUGCACACUUUUUUACAACUUGUGCGUUUUUACAUGUGUACGCACGUAAAAAUCUCACAACUUGUCAACAAGAUGUGUUCGCAACAGGCUUGUACCAAGUUUGUCAACAAGUUGUAACAAUGUUACUAUUUCAUCAAGUUGCUACAAGGUUGUCUCUCACAACUUGUUGAACUGCAGGACGAUAACAAGUUGUUGGAACAACUUGUAACAAGUCUGUUGAGCUCAACAACCUUGUAUAGCAAGCCGUUCACAACUUGUCAACAAGCUGGGAACAAGCAGUGCGAACACAUCCUGUUGACAAGUUGUUGGAACAGCAUUGCUACAAGUCUGCUGCAGGUUUGUUACAACUUGUGUGUUUUUACGUGUGUACCUGAUUAUAAAUCUUUGCUAAACUACACAAACAAAAUCCUCUAUCAGGAAAAAGAACUACAAGAUACGAAAGCGAGUGGUAAUGUCGGUGAAUGGAAAACAGGACUUGAAAAGUCUCAGAAGGAAAAACGACAAAUAGAAACAGAAUUAACUCGGCUUCGAGAAGAACAACAGGCGAUGCAUCUGAACUCGACGACCCAAGCUAAACUAGACAUGUCACGAAAGCAAAAAGAAGCAAAAGAAGACGCCAUUCAGAAAGUGUAA